AUGACUUCUCCAGAUAAAACUUCCAUCUUCACAACAUCUCUUCACACCGAAACCCCGCCAAACAUUGAACCUCGCCAGGAGACAGGCGGUAACGGUUACGGCCUUGUCUACGAGGGCUACAUCCACGGUGUACUCAAAGGCACCGAGCUUGCAAAAGAGUAUGAGAAGCUAGAGACUAAGCAAGAAAGACACGACUCCAUCAUCAACAAGGGAGAGAAGAGAGGCAAAGUUCACUGGGAUACAAGGCGGAAGUGCAGAAAGUCGGAGGAUAUUGAAAUGGGAUGA